CAAAGAUCGCAAUGUCUCGUGGUAAACAGAAUGAGGCAAGAUCGCUACGAGACAUAUGUGUUGGCGAAGACUUUCGUCUUGCAGCCACCAUGACGAUAGAGAAGUUUCGCACAGAUGAAGAACAAAAUGGAACAGUAGCCUCUAGGCAGGGACUGAACCGUUUCAUCACGCUCUCGAGAAAGGACGGGAGCAAUAUCCUGCAAUCUCCGGCAUCGUUCCAGCUCGUCAAGAAUUCGCGGCAACAGAUUCAAACCCUUCUGCAGCGGUUCGGUUUGACGAACAAAGAGAGGCAAGAGUUGCUGCCGAGAACCGAACGAGCCGGUCUCUUCAAUCCAGUCGAUGUCUACGGAAGAGAUGUUACUAAGACAACGGGGCGGCUGAACAACGGAAUCCCCCAGAUCCCGCUGCCGCGUGCUCCGGCGGAAUUCGAUGCAUUUCGGAGCUCGCUUCCGGUCGCUAGCAUGCAUCCUCUCAUCAUGCAAAUGAUCAAAGAAAAACAAGUGGUCAUGAUAACCGGAGAGACGGGAUCGGGGAAAACUACUCAGGUGCCACAGUUUGUGCUGGACGACGCGUGUGAGUGUAAGUAUCCGGCACGCAUCAUCUGCACACAGCCACGCCGUAUCGCCGCGCUGACCGUUGCCGAACGCGUCGCACAGGAGCGCGGAGAGAAGGUCGGACAGACCAUAGGCUACCAGAUACGCCUCGAGAGCAGAAUGUGCUUCCACUACGUGCAAAGAGACGAGGUGCACGAGAGGGAUCGCUUCACAGACUUCCUGCUGAUCUCGCUGCGGCAGCUGCUGUCGCGGCAUCGUAACCUGAAGCUGAUUCUCAUGAGCGCCGCACUCGACACUGAGCUGUUUCAGAAGUACUUCGGCGGUUGUCCGAUAAUUAAAGUGUCUGGUAGACUCUUCAAUGUUCAGACAAACUACCUGGAGGAUGCAAUCAAGUUUACUGGACAUAUAACAGCAAACAUGCUGAAGUUUAUGACAGAUAAGACUAAAGUUGAGAAGCAGCAGAAACAGCUGACGGACUGGUGUAGCAUGCUCAGCGUCAGACCACACGAGACUGGUGCGGGUGAGCCAAAGCCCAUACAGCACAAAUUUCCAUCCACGUUGACAAAGAUCGCUGAUAAAGCAGAGCUCAUAGCCGAUAGAGAGGAGCUGGAGCCGUUGCUGCUGCAAGAGAUGGACAUGGCAGUGGCUGAGGCCUGGUUGAAGGGUGACGACGACAGCUUUACGCAUCUGCUGCAUCUUAUCAUGAGCGAGAACGUCAGCGUCGACUACCAGCACUCUGAUACGAGCGCGACGCCGCUGAUGAUCGCGGCGGGACGCGGCCACGUCGACGCCGUCGAGCAGCUGCUCAGUCUCGGCGCCAACGCCAGCGUGCGCGCCUCCAACUCGUGGACCGCCAUCGACUGGGCGCGCCGCUUCCAGCACCAGCCCAUCGUCGAGCUGCUGGAGUCUCACGUGGCCAUCUUUGAGAGUGGUGUGACGGAGAGCAGUUCUAGUCGGACGGGGCAGCUACGCGAACUGAGCUUCGAGGACAGAGAGCUGCUUAAUGCCUACCACUACUCGUUCGACGACGAUAAGGUGGAUUUGGAUCUCAUUUUGGCACUUUUGUUGAAGAUCCAUACAACACAGGAGCCAGGAGCGAUCCUGGUGUUUCUACCGGGAUAUGAUGAGAUUAUUACUCUGCGGGAGCGGAUUCUGAACGAGGAUGCUCGAUUCACGGGCUGUAGUAAGUUCAUUCUCUACACACUGCACUCAGCAAUGCAGUCGUCUGAUCAGAAGCGCGUGUUCAAGAACCCACCACCCAACACCAGGAAAAUCAUCCUCAGUACUAACAUUGCCGAGACCAGCAUCACCAUCAAUGACAUCGUCUAUGUGAUUGACUCUGGCAAAGUCAAGGAGAAGUCUUACGACGCUCUGACUCACAUGUCGAUGCUGAAGUCUGUGUGGAUCGCAAAGUCGAGUGCACUGCAGCGGAGAGGAAGGGCGGGGCGGUGUCGGCCAGGCGUCUGCUACCACCUGUUCAGCCGCUCGCGUCACGACACGCUCUCGCAGUUCCAGCAGGCGGAGCUGCUUCGCACGCCGCUGCAUGAGCUGUGCCUGCACAGCAAGCUGCUCGCGCCGCACAACACGAGCAUCGCCGACUUCCUGAGCAAGGCGCCCGAGGCACCCGCGUUCAUGGUCACGCGGCAGGCCGUGCAGCUGCUGAAGACCAUCGACGCCCUGGACAACUGGGAGGACCUGACAGAGUUGGGUCACCACCUUGUUGACCUGCCCGUCGAGCCGCGUCUGGGAAAGAUGGUGCUACACUCCGUCGUCCUCAAGUGCUUGGAUCCGAUCUUGACGAUCGUCUGCACGCUCGCGUAUCGCGACCCGUUCAUGUUGCCGUACGUUCCAUCGCAGAAGCGUGCUGCUCUUAUGGUGCGCAAGAAGUUUGCAGCGGGAACCUUCAGUGACCACAUGGCAUUGCUCCGAGCCUUCCAGGCUUGGCAGAAAGCGCGUGGAGACGGCUGGGAGAAAACAUUCUGUGAGAGAAACUUUCUGUCCUCGGCGACGAUGGAGGUGAUACUCGGCAUGAGGACGCAGCUGCUGGGUCAGCUGAGAGCCUCUGGCUUCGUCAGGGCCCGCGGUCCCGGCGACAUCCGAGAUCUCAACUCUAACUCGGAGAACUGGGCCGUCGUGAAGGCGGUCAUCUGUGCGGGCACGUACCCGUACCUGUGCCGUGUCGACCGGCAGAAACGAAGACUCUUCACGCAGAAGGAGAACAAGGUGCGCUUGCACCCAUCGUCGGUGCUCGGCGCCAGGACGGCGAACGCAAGCGUCACGGUGGCGGCGGCGCACGCGCAGGUGCUGCAGGCGCUGCCGACGGGCUGGCUAGCCUAUGAGGAGGCGACGCGCGUGCACCACGUCGCCUACGUGCGCUGCGUGACGCUGCUCACGCCCAUAACGCUCGCGCUGUUCGCCGGGCCUGCGCGCAUGCCGCUCGAGUCCAUCAACGAGGCAGAGAACCGGUCAUCGGAUGCGUCGGCAGAGGUGAGCAGCGACAGCGAGGGUGAAGAGCGUGAGGCGGACGCCGCGAGCAAGGCCACGCUGAAGAUCGACUCGUGGCUGUCGUUCCGCAUGGACCAGGAGGCGAUCAGCCUCGUGCUGCAGCUGCGCCAGAAGUGGCACUGCCUGUUCCUGCGGCGCAUGCGCAACCCCAGCAAGCCGUGGUCGCAAGCCGAUGAGACGGUGAUGCAAACCAUCAUUAACAUACUCACGAACGAAGAGAUAGAAGCUGGCCUGCAGCAGCCGCCCGGAAUCGGACAGCGGCCGCGACCAAUGUCUUCAGACUACGUCACAACGGGGCACGGCAGCCAGCAGCGGUCGUCGGAGGACGAGGUUGGAGGCCAGUCGCCACAGGCAAAGUGCCUGCUGCCCGGCCAGAGACGUAACCCCUCGCACUCGUCCCCGCUGCAGCGAGCCGGCCGCUUCUGAGAGGUCGUCGUUGACGAUCGUCACAAGGGAAGAGGCAAUUGCUGAUAUUAUGGCCUAAGAUUAAACGGUGACGUGUAGGCGGUUUUUGAUUGGUCAACCGGUCAGAUGCGCGUCAAAGGGUCUCUGCUUGCUGAUAAGAUAUUAUUUUAUAAUUGGCUUCGAUGAAUUGUUAGUGACAGUUUUGAGAUGCGUUCUGCUUUUGGAAGAUCGCUUUAUGUAUUGUUGCUUAAGACAUCCAACUACUUUGCAGAAUUGUGGUCUAGAAAAUGGUGGUUGUAUGCAUUUGAAAGCAAUUUCAAAUUAAGACCAGUGCAUUUUAGUUUAAUACGUUAAACGUUUCAUUGUUAUUCACACGUUAAUCAGCGGGCAAAAUUGUUAUUUGUUAUUUAAGGUCCCGAUAAUUGUUUUUUUAAAACAGCAUCAAGUUUUUAUCUUCAUUGUGGGCAUUGCACGAUAGUCGUCCAGCCAAAUGCCCAUACCUGUCUAUGGUGUUGUUAGUUAGGAAUCGAUUGCUCCAGUAAAUGCUUCAUUAUACUGUUGUAAUUGUUCCAAACACGCAUUUGUGAAAACUGGUUGCACUAAUUUGUGACGCAGUUAGGUGAGAAAGUAUUGACAUAUCAAUCAUAAUAUGCUUGGUUAAAUGGUUUUUACGUGCCUCUGUAUACAGUUUAAAUAUGGCUUUUUGUCAGACCCUUUGAUCAGAAUUACGAUUGAUUCAUUUAAAUACUCAUUAAAGAGUAAAUCUGGGAAAAUGUAGUUACGUCGUUAAACGAUGUUAAGGCCAUUAAAGUCAGCUGAUGAAGAAAUGCUUGGUUUAUAGCAGCUAUACUUUUAUAAGGAUUGGAAGUAUCGGAAGGAUUGGAAUAUUUUUGGUGUUCAUAACCUUUGCAAUUAACUCGUGUACGUUAUGUAGGCAGAAUUACAUGCAAUGCCAGGCUAUCCUGCAGGUCCUGAAGCUGUAUCUUAUAUGGCAUGCAGAGUACAGAUCUCUAAUGUAGAACGAACGAUCAGAAGGGUGGUGUAUAUUUAGCGAAGGAUAUAUAUUACGUCAUAACUAAGAGUAAAUAAAUAAAUAUAUAUAUGGUCAUGUAUGCAUAUGUGCCAACGGAUACAUGUUUCAUCACCCAUGUAUGGUAGUAUAUAUUAUAUCAGUGAUAUAUUCUUAUCAGGAGUGAAUAAUAGAUCUAUAAUUAUUCACUCCUGUUAUUAUGUUCUCCAGAUGUUAUGACAUACAUGUUGAUCAUCCAUGAUGCGCGUGCAUAAUAUCAGGGCUGAAUAAAAAACAAAUUGGUUUCAUUUUCUCGUGAUAAUAUCAGGAUAUGAUAAUAAAAUCCGAUUUAGGAUCAGACGUUCGGCUGGAAAAUCGACUUGAACGUGCAAGAAAACACUAAAGUUAAUUAGAAGUAUUUUUUGUUGAGGUAACCGACAUUUCCUGUUUUCUUUCAGACAAGCAGUGUGCGAAACCUCGUGUGUUUCUGCUUGACUGUGCUUUAAUAAUUCCAAUCGACUCACAACGCCGUAUUUUUCCUGUCUCGCUUUCUCUCAAUGUGUUGCGUUGACUGACACGCUGUUUACGAAUGUUUUAUAGUAUGCUUCGCGUGCUUCUCCGUGCACUGGCCUAACUCUUACUAAUUCCUGGAUCUGCCGAUAAGUGCACAGGUGGCUGAUAUAUGCAAGUCUCUCGCGUAGCUAUAAAUUCGUUACCAACCGGAAUCGUUGGGAGGUCUGGGUUCUUUUCCUAUAAACGUUUACAACACCACCGCAUAACAAAAACGGUGCAUAGCUGUAAUUUACUUGCAAUGUAACUAAUUUGCUAAAAAAGAUUCUAAUUCGUCUUCAGAAGUGAACAUAUAGUCUAUACCAAUAAACGUUGGCAGUUUCUAUGAAUGCCCUGCUAUACUAGUAA